AUGGUGGAUUCGGAUGAAAAGCCCGCGAUUGACUUUAUUUAUAAUGAGAUGGAGAAAGCUAAGCAAAAGAUUAAAACAAACUUCAAGGAUGAUCGGAAGAGCUAUGAUCCUGUUUGGAAAGUUAUUGAUGAGAGAUGGGAGGUUCAUCUUCAUAGGCCUUUACAUGCUGCUGCUUAUUACCUGAAUCCACAGUUGCAUUUCUCUUCUGAAUUUAGAGCUGAUAGAGAAGUUAUGCGUGGAUUAUAUAAAGUUAUGGAUCGGAUGCUAGAUGAUGAAGAGAGGGAUAAGGUUGAUUUGCAGCUAGAUGAAUUCAAAUAUGAACGAGGGCUAUUUGGAUUCUUAUCUGCAAAGUCUAUUGAGGAAGACACCGGCAGAUUAGUACACACAAAGAGAAGAAUCCGGUUGCAUCAAAAGAAGAUGAAUGAUUUAGUAUUUGUGAUGUACAAUUUGAAGUUGAAAGAUAAGAAGAUCAGGAAGCAAGUUGAUCUUCAAGUGGAGGACAUUUCUUCCGAUGAUGAAUGCAUUGUCGAAGAGGAGACACAUAAUACUGCAACUUUAAGCCAUAAUUUUAACUUGCGUUCUCUUGGUCGUGGAGAUGAUGGUGAUGAAGAAAGUGGAAGCAUUCAAAUUGGCGAUGAAGAUGCAAUGCGCACACAAGAGCAUGCCACGGUUGAUGACUUGGAGCUUCCUGAAGAAGAUGAGUUUGAUGCUCUGUAUGAUGAUGAUGAUGUUGGUGAUGAUGAAGAUUUGGAUGAGAUAUGA